CAAACAAAACCAAUUAUCACUCUUCGUUGAUCUCUCUCUCUCUCUCUCUCUCUCUCUCUCUGAGCUAUGGCAUUCUCCUCAGUACUCUCUGCAGUCACAAGAAGGCUGGAGGGAAAGGUGGCUCUGAUAACUGGAGGAGCAAGUGGCAUUGGAGAAUGUACAGCGAAAAUCUUUGCCCAGCAUGGGGCCAAAAUCGUCAUUGCAGAUGUCCAAGAUGAUCUGGGCCAUUCAGUCCGGGAAUCCAUAGGCCCAACAGACUGCACAUUCGUCCACUGUGAUGUGACAGACGAAGCCCAAAUAAAAAAUGCAGUACACAAAGCUGUUGCUACAUAUGGGAAGCUAGACAUCAUGUUCAACAAUGCAGGCAUAGUUGAUGACAACAAGGCACGCAUAAUCGACAAUGAAAAGGCUGAUUUCGAGCGCGUACUAAGCGUCAACGUCACCGGAGUUUUCCUCGGGAUAAAGCAUGCUGCGCAGGCCAUGAUCCCAGCACGAGCGGGCAGCAUUAUUUCAACUGCUAGCAUAAGUUCAUAUGUUGGUGGUGCAGCCUCACAUGCCUAUUGUUGCUCAAAGCAUGCCGUGAAUGGCCUGACUAAAAAUGCAGCUGUUGAGCUAGGCCAGUUCGGGAUCAGAGUGAACUGCUUGUCGCCCUAUGCGCUCGUGACGCCUUUGGCUAGGAAAUUUGUUGGGCUUGAGGAUGAGGAGAUGGAGAAUGCGAUGAGCGCAUUGGCUAACUUGAAGGGUGUGACACUUAAGGCAGUAGAUGUGGCAAAUGCAGCUCUUUAUUUGGCAAGUGAUGAAGCUAGGUACAUAAGCGGGCAUAAUCUUUUAAUAGAUGGGGCUUUCAGUAUAGUUAAUCCUUGCUUCAACAUGUUUCAAUACCCACCAGAGCCUUGAUCUGCUUGGCUGCUGCAGACUUUUUUACAUGUUUGAGCUUGAGUUCAACUUUAAUUUGUCACAAGUUCAUCCUAAUAAUGGACCAAGUUUUCGGCCAUCUAGCAA